AGAGUGGUUGUAGGAGCUUUAUCAGCGUGUCUCUUGGGGAUAUUGGCAUGUACUCCUUACCCACGUGCCGCUCUGUUCCUCUGCAGGCUGACGGGGAACGAACCCCUGACCAUCCUCCCUCUGACCUCAGAAAUGGAGGAAGCUGCCGUCAAAGCCCACUACAAAGUCUGUGACCGCCUGAAGCUGGAGAAGAAGCAGCGCAGGAUGUGCCGGCGGGACCCCGGUGUGGCCGAGACCCUGAUGGAGGCCAUCAGCAUGAGUGCACUGGAGUGCCAGUACCAGUUUCGCUUCGAGCGCUGGAAUUGCACCCUCGAGGGUCGCUACCGGGCCAGCUUGCUUCCUGCAGGUUUUAAGGAGACAGCCUUCUUGUAUGCCAUCUCCUCUGCGGGGCUUACGCACGCCAUGGCCAAGGCAUGCAGUGCAGGGCGGAUGGAGCGUUGCACCUGCGAUGAGGCCCCCGACUUGGAGAACCGUGAGGCUUGGCAGUGGGGCGGCUGUGGUGACAACCUGAAGUACAGCAACAAGUUUGUCAAGGAGUUCCUGGGGAGGAAGCCCAACAAGGACCUGCGAGCCAGGGUGGACUUCCACAAUAACCUCGUGGGGAUGAAGGUCAUCAAAGCUGGAGUGGAGACAACCUGUAAAUGCCAUGGCGUAUCUGGAUCCUGUACUGUCCGAACAUGUUGGAGGCAGCUCUCUCCAUUCCAUGAAAUAGGGAAGCAACUGAAGCAGAAGUACGAGACAUCGCUCAAAGUGGGGAGCACUACCAAUGAGGCCACGGGGGAAGGAGACAUCUCCCCACCCAAGAAGUCCAUCCCUGGUCACAGUGAUCAAAUCCCAAGGACUACGGAUCUUGUCUACAUUGACGAUUCCCCAAGCUUCUGUAUGAUGAGUAGAUACUCACCUGGGACUUCGGGAAGGAAAUGUUACAAAGACAAGAACUGUGACAGCAUCUGCUGCGGGCGAGGGCACAAUACGCAGAGUCGGGUGGUCACCCGUCCGUGCCAAUGCCAAGUCCGUUGGUGCUGCUAUGUGGAAUGCAAGCAAUGCACCCAGAGAGAAGAGGUUUACACCUGCAAAGACUGACGCGUCUUCUGCUUGAUGGCAACCCUUGGUGACGGGCAAUGGCGAUCUAUGAGAACUACAUAUGGAGACAAACAGGGUUUGAUUGACCUUUUGGGAUCUGAAAGCUAUGUUGAGACAUAAGCACUUUGUAGGGUACAGGUGACCCAGCUGUGUUGCUGUUUUGUUUUUGUUUUUGUUUUGUUUUCCUG